GAAAUCAAACUUAUCAAUAAGUCAUUAUUAAGUCUAGAGGCCUAGCACUGCAAUUUUUGUUAUUUCAAAACAAACUUUUAAAAGGAGAGUGGAGGGCCAGAAGACUGCAGAGCAGCUAAUGUGACAGUAUUCUUGACAAAGACUUGCUUUGUUUUUUCUCUAGUGAAUGAGCUGGAAAAAAAAUAAAACUAAUGCAAAUGCCCUAGUUUUGAAAAAAAAAAAAAACAAUAUUAUUGAAAGAGAUUUAAUGUUUGCAAUCAGCAGAACACAGAGCAAAGGGGAUACAGACCUUUAUCCUCAUAUUGCAAAAGUGAGGAUACAAUUGCUCUAAGCUCACCUUGCAGUCUAGAAUACAGGCCAGAACAGAGACUGUAUCUUUUGAAUGCCUACCCAAGGCACUGCAGUCUCCAUCCGCUGGACAUAGGCCCCAUCCUCACAGGGUCUCAAUAUCUGCAAUGAAAAUGAAAAGCAUUUAUUUUGUUGCUGGGCUCCUUUUAAUGAUAGUUCAAGGCAGCUGGCAAAAUCCUCUUCAGGAUACAGAGGAGAAAUCAAGAUCACUCAAAGCUUCCCAGUCUGAACCAUUAGAUGAAUCGAGACAGCCGAAUGAAGUGAAACGUCACUCACAAGGCACAUUCACCAGUGAUUACAGCAAGUACUUGGACACUAGACGAGCUCAGGACUUUGUGCAAUGGUUAAUGAGCACUAAAAGAAAUGGGCAACAAGGACAGGAGGCCAAAGAAAAUGACAAAUUCCCGGACCAACUCUCAAGCAAUGCAAUCUCCAAGCGUCAUGCUGAAUACGAGAGACAUGCUGAAGGCACCUAUACCAGUGAUAUCACCUCUUAUUUGGAAGGUCAAGCUGCCAAAGAGUUCAUUGCUUGGUUAGUGAAUGGACGAGGAAGAAGAGAUUUCCCAGAAAAAGCUCUUGUGGCUGAAGAAAUGGGCCGAAGACAUGCAGACGGCACUUUCACAAGUGAUAUCAACAAAGUCCUUGAUGACAUGGCUGCCAAAGAAUUCCUAAAAUGGCUGAUUAAUGCAAAAGUUACCCAAAGGGACCUUUUGGGAGAAUACCAGUAAAAACGCAGAAUAAAAAUGGGACAAAUGAAGAUCUUCAUUGCAUCAACUGCCAGUUAUUAGGAGAUUCUGAAAUCUGUAUUCUGUCAUUUGCAUUUGGUGUAACAAAACUAUGUCACCUUGCAUGCCAGGAAAUAAUUGUACUAUAGUUUAGUGUUGCCAAAGGUUUAUAUAUGGAAAACCUACUGUCUAAGGAAUGAGUAUCUUAACAACUUUAAAUGAAAGUUCCAUAUCUUUGUAUUUUCCAUUUAUUAGGACUGAAGUAACUCCAUUUAUAUUUAAUGAUAAAAUUAUUUUUCUAAAAAGUGGACUUCUACACACAAAGGAUUCAAUCAUAAACUGUAUGUGUUAUUUGUAAGGGGCUGGCAGUUACAAAUGCCUGAGAAGUGAAUAUCCCUCUUAAAACCUUUGUUAUAAAAAGGCUAAGCUUUAAGGAUAUUAAAUGAUAGCCUUAAAUAAAUUUUUUCAAGCUUC